AUGAGUAUGUUAGGCCUAAGAGACCUAGUCCUCAUAGCGCCGUCACCUUCAUCUCUUCACCAUCAUCAACAACAACAACAUCAUCACAAUCAUCAAAACCAUCCCAUUUCCUCAGAUCACAAUUCAUCAGCUUCCUUGAGUGUCGGUUUUGGUAUUUUCCCACUUCUUACAGCCACACCCUGCAUGCCACAGCCACAGCCACAACCAAACCAAUCUCAAAACAAUGAUGUUCAAGAAAAUAACAACAACAACUUUUGGAACCUUAGGAUGUGUGCUGAGGUUUCAAAAAAAGGAGUGAUAACUGAUAGUAAUAAUAAUAAUAAUCAUAAUGAUGAUGAUGGUGAUGAGCAGCAUCAUCAUCAUCAUCAUCAUAAUCAUAACAAUAAUAACAAGAUGGUUAUGAUGGAGAGUGAAGAGAACGGUGUGUAUGGUUCUGAGUAUAGAGUUUGUCAUGACUGCGGUAAUAGAGCGAAGAAAGACUGUGUUUUUAGGAGAUGUAGGACUUGUUGUAAGGGUCGUGGUUAUGAUUGUAGUACUCAUUUGAAGAGUACUUGGAUCCCGUCGACUCGUCGACGGGAUCGCGAAGGCGAGAUUGUUGGUGGUCGUGGUGACGGUGAUGGUGGUGGCGAGGGUUGUUCUGCUGUUAAGAGACCGAAGAUUUUGUUAGGGUCAUCACAGAAUGCUACUGCUACUUCUCAUAGUUCAAAUUCUAAUGGAACUACGCCAAAGAGUUUUGCUAAUAGCUCUUGUCAUCAAGAGGGUGGUUUCAAAGAGGCAUUACCAGGUCAAGUUCAUGCACCUGCUGUAUUCAGAUGCCAUAGAGUAACUGCUAUUGGAAAUGGAGAAGAUGAAUUCGCUUAUUUGGCAACGGUUCAUAUCAGUGGCCAUGUUUUUAAAGGGUUUCUCUAUGAUCACGGUGUUGAUGGAAAAAAUCCAAUGCCUUGUGUUUCUGAACUUCAAUUGGGAAACAAUUGUAGUGGAAAGAAUGGUGAAUGUUCUUCUCCAAUUGGUGUUCAAAGUAAUACUGCUUACCCUGCUAGCUAG